AUGAACAUGAAAAAUCCAUUAGAUUUUGAAUUCAAUACACAAUUAUUACCACAAUAUAAAGAAUAUCAAUUAUAUUCAAAUGAUUUAUGUUUACAAGAAUUAAAACAAUUUUAUUAUAAUCAAACAUGGUUAAUUAAUAUUACUGAAGAAAUUCAUUCAACAAUGGAACAAUUAAAUAGACCAUGUGAAAAAAUUCAACGUUUUGAAUGGAUGCUUGAACGUGAAUAUUUUGUUGCUAUAACAAUGGGUUUAUUAGCAUGUUUUGGAUUGAUUGGCAAUUUAUUAAGUUGUAUUGUAAUUAUUAAAUAUUUAUUAAAAUUUUCUGAAACAUUCAUUUUAUUUAUAUUUUUAUCAUUAGCUGAUUCAUUAGUUAUUAUUAUGCAAACAAUUGAUGCUUAUCGUAAUUCUGUUGCAGUUGACUUUUAUACAUUAAUUUCAUUAGAUGAAAUUUCACAUCCAUCAAAUAUAUGGCGACGUGAUUGGAAUUGUAAAUUAUUUUUAUAUUUUUGGCAUUUAAGUUUACAACUUUCAGCAUGGCUUGUUAUGGCAUUAACGGUAGAUCGAUAUGCAAGUUUAAAACAAGUCUAUAUAACAAGAAGUAGACGUUCAUUACAUUGUCGUGCAUGGUUAAUUGGUGGAAGUAUACUAGUCUUUUUAGCCUUUUUAAAUCUACCAUUUUUAAUUUAUGUGAAAUCAGUGAUUUACGAAAUGCCAUGUGGACACAGUCAUUUCUGUAUUUUUAUCAAUCCAACUGAAGAAAGAGAGCUGACAGGAGAUAUAGAACAGACAAGUUCGUCAAAACAAAUACACACUGAUGAAUUCAAUCAUUUAUAUGAUCAUUUUGUCAAUGGUACAUUAUUAUUAUUUAGUAAUCAGUCAUUUGAAAUGAAUCAAACUACAGAUUGUAAACAAUUACAUGGACUUCAUAAUUUAUUUAAUGAAUUAGUAGAAACAAAGCAAUCGAAAUCAUCACUAUUUUCUAUUGCACGUAACAUUAGCAUAUGGUUAAGUCAUCAACAUUUAAUUAUUUUUGGAUUUAUUCCUUAUACUGUUACUAUUAUAUUUAAUGUGUUAUUAAUUCAUUACUUAAGAUCAUUACCAUGGUUUCAUCCAAAACAAAAAUGUGGUAAUAAAGUAUGUUUUAAAAAGAAUACAAAAUAUAAUCCAAAAAUAUUAAUGAGUUUAAACAAAUGUUGUAUAUCCAUGUUUCAACGAUCUGAAAAAUGUAAAUCUAAAAAUGAAGAAAAAAUAAAAUCAUAUAAUCAUCAAAUUAAUAUUGAGCAAUCAUUAAUUCCAUGUAAAUGUAUAUUACAUUCAGAGAAUAAUCCAGUUAUUAUUGGUACAACAUGUUCACAUUCAUUAAAUAAACGAAAACAAAUUCAUAAAUUUGUUAAAAUAUUUGAUAAUAAUAAUAAUCAUAAUCAGAAUAUAAUUACUAUGUAUUGUCCAAUAUCUAGUCAUCAUCAUAUGAUAUCAUCAUGUAUUGAACCGCAUACAUGGGAUGGUACAUUAAACAAUCAUAAUGAUAAUAACAAUAAUGAUAAUAAUAAAACGAAACAUUUUCAAUCUUCAACUCUAAAUGAAACACCUUCAAAUAAUUCAAGGUAUUCAUCUUGUGUUUCAAUAAAAUUGGAUAAUUCACAAAGUCGUCUAUGUUCUCAGCAUUUUGAUGAUGAUGAUGAUGAUAAUGUUGAUAAUGAUGGAUGUCGAAUUCGUGAUGAAAAUAUUAAUAGUAUGCAUUAUUAUUCACAAUCCAAAAAUGGUUGUAAAUUAUUGUCUAAUAGACAAAAUACUGAUAUACAUAUUUUACUACAUAAAUACAGAUCAAAUUCAGUUAAAACAGGAUGGUUUGUUGGUCAAAGACGUACAACUAUUUUAUUAUUAGUUGUAACAUUUACUUUUAUAGGAUUAACAUUGCCAUAUUUAAUUUAUGUUGAAUUAAAACAAUUCAACGUAGUAGAUCUUACAAAAGCUGAAAAUUAUCGUCCUGAACAUAUGAUUGAAGAAUUAUGUCGUUUUUUAUUCUUUAUUAAUAAUGGUUUAACAUUUUUUAUUUAUAUGACUGGACGUCAAUUUCGUAAAGGAUUUUAUCGACUUAUUCAUCGUUUUAAAUAUUGUUUACGUUCAUCAAUGUGUCCAAAUGUUGAAAGAGAAAAUAAAUGGUAUUCACAUCCACCAAAUAAAAAUCAUACAUUUAAAUUAAUAAAACCAAAUAAACAUUAUACUUUUCAUCGACAUUCUGAUCAACAUUAUUAUCAUUCAUAUCAAAUGAAAACUAUACAACAACAACAACAACAACCGCCUCAACACUAACACUGACAACAAUAGUAAUAUCUACCAAAUAACAAGAUUAUUUAGCAUAAUCAUUUAAAAAAAGUCAUAGUGAACAUAAUCCUCGAAAAUCCAUUUUGAUAACGCAAUAAAACUCAAUAAUCCAAAUAAAAAGCGAUAUUUAAACAGCUAGAAGAACGCACUUAGUGAAAUAAUCUGAAAUUUCAAAGAAUUUCGACCGCAUUUAUUAUAAAUAUUCUUAUUUUUACGUAUUUAAGAAUAUCGAUAAAAUGAUAAUAAACCUUGGAAUCAAAUCAAAAGAAUAUUUAUGGUUUAAAUGAAAUGAUAAAAUUGUCUUUUAAAUGACAAAUAUAAUCUGUUUAGUGUUUUUCAGUAUAACAAUUCCAAAGAAUCUUUUUUAAAAAAAAAAAACGUACAGAGACAAGUUGUUCUGGGUUAUAGAAUAAUAGUGUUCUUAGAAUUGUGAUUCUCUGAAUUGUCUGGCUUUAUUAUGGUCUCUUCAUUUUCGUUAUGGACAACAUCAUGUACACCUAAUCCAAGUAAAAAAUGAGCAUCGUAAUUAUUUCAAAAACGUAUCAUGUUCAUAUUUUCGAUUAGUUCUACUUACAACUACAAAUUCUCAUUAUUUCAAGUGAUUUGUGUUUUCUUAUCGAUCAAAGUGAUUCCAUUGGAUAUAUAUAUAUUAGCCGCCAUCCAUCUUUACUUAUAAUGCUUAUGACUUAAAGCAAUAUCGAGGCAUUCCUCACAGGAUGCGCAUGUGCCAAUAACAGACUGAUUAAUUGCAGACCUAAACAACGAUGGGAAGAUACCAGUAAACAACACCAAGUGAAUUUAAUAAUAAUGACAUGUGAAUAUAAUAUAUAUAAACUUUCUAAUUAUAGACACGAGGAAUAUACAGUGUUUUAAAGUGAUCGAACUUUGCCCAUUGUAAACAACC